UUCCAGAUUGCUGGGAUAAUUUGAAUGCAUUGCAAUUUCUAGAUUUGAGUGACAAUAGUUUGUCCGGUGAAGUUCCAUCCUCAAUGGGAUCAUUACUUGAACUUAAGGUAUUGAUGUUGCGUAACAAUACUUUUACCGGAAAGUUACCCGUCUCCUUGAAAAAUUGCAUUGAACUGAUCAUGCUUGAUGUUGGAAGUAAUAGAUUCUCAGGACCAAUACCGUAUUGGUUAGGACAGCAAUUGCAAGUGUUAAGCUUACGAAAGAACCGAUUCUCUGGAAGUCUUCCAGAGAGUCUUUGUUACUUAACAAACAUUCAGUUGUUGGAUCUCUCAGGAAACAAUCUAUCAGGACGAAUUCCCAAAUGCAUAAAGAAUUUUUCUGCAAUGUCUCAAGAUGUUUCCUCAACUAUUACCACAGAAUCCGUUUUAUAUUACACAGUUACCUAUAGAGAGAACUUUGAAGGCUUUGAUAUUAUUGCAUUGUUGAUGUGGAAAGGCGCAGAACAACAAUUCAAGAAUAAUAAGCUCAUUUUGAGGAGUAUUGAUCUUUCAAGCAAUCAACUGAUUGGAGACAUUCCAGAAGAAAUACAAAACUUGAUAGAAUUAGUGUCGUUGAAUUUAUCAAGCAACCAUUUGACCGGAAAAAUCACUUCAGAGAUUGGAAGGUUAACAUCACUUGAAUUUCUUGACUUGUCGAGAAACCAUUUAUUUGGCUCAAUUACUUCUUCUCUAGCUCGAAUUGAUCGCCUCUCCAUGUUAAAUCUAUCUGAUAACAAUCUAUCAGGAAGAAUUCCAAUAGGCACGCAGUUACAAAGUUUCGACGCAUCGAGUUAUGAAGGGAAUGUCGGUCUCUGUGGGAAGCCGCUUGAUAGAAAAUGUCCAGGAGACGAAGAAGCCGCACAUGAGAAACCAGAAACAAUUGAAGAGAGUGGUCCAGAAGAUAAAAAAUCAAUUUAUUUGAGUGCGGCAUUGGGAUUUAUCACAGGAUUUUGGGCACUGUGGGGAUCUUUGUUUCUCAUGAGGACUUGGAGACAUAAAUAUGUCUUGUUCUUGAACAACAUAGUUGACACAAUUAUGCGUUUAUGGCGCUGAUUGGAAUUAAAUUUCAAAGGUGGUUUAUAGCUUUGCAGGUAACCUUUUUCUUUUCCGUCUUUCACUCUAGCUUACAUAUUUAUUUUCAAGUUGCUCAGACAUAUGAUUCAUUUAUUUCUGGGUAUAAUUUUCACAGGAAGAGUUUGUCUAAACAUCUCCGAUAGAAUUCAUAUGCAAAAUUGUUGAAGAAAAGUAGCAGAAUAAGUAACUACUCUUUGAACAUACAAAAAUGAAGGAAUUCAAAGUUCUCAGUCCUGUAUUAAUGACUAACAUAAUCCAUUUCUGAAGCAUAUAUAUGUUCUGAGAUUAAUAAUGUUAUUCUGUGUUCAGAAAGUAUCAAGUAUGAGU